AUGCCGCUUCUUCUUGCAACAUUGUUUUCUUCGUUUCUGGCAGUGACACUGGCUGACAAUGGUGUCUACAUGGCCGAUUAUGGCGUCGAUGUUUCCUACCCCAUGCAUUACCAGGAAGUCUCCAAGAAUUAUCACUGGCUCCCACACAAUCUGGAUUCUUCCCUGGAAGUCCCUCCCGAACACCGUGAUCGCCCUGUGCAACGCUUUGGGGAUCGGCAGACUGCCUAUGAUAAACUCAUCCAGGGAUGCGAUGAUCAUUAUGGUCCGAAAAAUGGAUUCCGGUGCUAUGAAAACGAAAAAGAUCGAAUUGCCAUGAAUCUACGACAGCCCCAAUCCAUGGUCAAUUACACCAAGCUGGGAUUCACCAAAAUCAAGGCUCCAGAAGCAGUCUUUAAAGUGAUUCAGGAAUUCUGGAACAAAAACCGUCAUCGAGCCCUCGAAGAAAGCUGGCCCAAGGGAAACACCUAUGUCAAUCACUGGGAAGGACGAUCUCUCAUGGCCAAUGUGGAAAGCACCGAUAUGGUAGGAGGAGGACAGGUCAUCAAACAACAAAUUUGGAAUGCGGCACGAGAUACCAUUCAGGAAUGGACGGGACAGCGGGUGGCGGAAUGCUCACUCUAUGGCGUUCGAAUCUACGAGGAAGGAGCGGUGCUGGCCACUCAUGUGGAUCGACUGCCAUUGGUUAGUUCGGCCAUUAUCAAUGUGGAUCAAGAUGUGGAUGAACCAUGGCCUCUGGAAGUCAUUGGGCACGACGGCAAGGCAUACAAUGUCACUAUGGAACCUGGGGAUCUUGUUCUUUAUGAAAGUCACAGCGUACUUCAUGGACGUCCAUUCCCACUCAAAGGGCGCUACUUUGCCAAUAUCUUUGUCCAUUUUGAACCCAUUGGCAAGCUUGGCGAAGCAUCCAUACCGGAAGGAGGUCUCCCGCCCUAUGUCAUUCCAGGAUCGCCACAAGAGCCUGUGUGGCGGAAUGAAAACCCGGAUGGAUGGAAACUUAUGCAAACGGAGGAGAUUACAGCGGGCGCCACUGAAGCGCACAGGAUUGCCACCAAAGAGGAUUAUGGAUUACUGAAUAAGAUUCUUGAUGCCGAUCCCAGUUUGGCCAAUGCCAAGGAUGUCAACGGUUGGACUCCACUGCAUGAAGCAGUUAUCAAAUCCUCCGAAGCCAUUGUGGAGUUGUUGAUAGAAAGUGGGGCCGAUGUCAAUGCAGUCACCAAUGGUGGCGAUACAGCUCUGAGUCUUGCCACGGCAUACAAGGGCCAAGAUCAUUCCCUAGUUUCAUUUCUCAGGAGUCUAGGAGGAAAGAUGGGAUCGGAACUUUAA